GUAUAGAUGAUCAAACUCACACUCAUUCAUACUCCGGCUCACUCACCAACACGACUGCCUAUUCGGAUGGUCUGGAUUUUUAAAACGAUUACUCUCCAUAUAUGUGUGCGCAGUGCAGCGAGAAGCCAUGUUUAAAGUCCGAGAGAAACGAUGUUCGUUUAAUAAAACUGUAUAUGAGGAGGAUAGAGAUUCCUUUAACUGUCGGAGUUCCAUCAAUGUUUAUCAUUGUAUCCAGAAUGAGAGGAACAGAUCAGGUGAAAUAUGUAUCCAGCCUGUCUGGGUCCAACCAAAUUACUGCCCAGAAUACAACACUGGGGCCAACACCCUCGACACAGUUCCAUGUAAUGUGUCCACCACUGGAUCGUGUCCACGCGCAUUAUUUCUGUCUAAUGAAGUCUACAAGUAUCCUGUAUGUUUAAAUAAAACGUUUACUGGUGGUAAAGUGUGAGUUUUUAUUCAUUUAUUAUCAUGCAAAUA